AUGGUGCAGCAGCAGGAAGACCCCGACCAGCACCAAAAGCAGCAACAAGAGCAGCAGCAGCAGCAGCAGCAGCGGCUGCAGCAGCAGGACGAGGGUCGUGGGCCUGGCAGCAGCGCGGGCAGCGAUAGCGAGGUCGGCGCAGCAGCGGCAGCAGCUGCUGCUGCAGAUGCAUAUGGUGCUGCAGAUGCUGCUGCAGAUGCUGCUGCAGAUGCUGCUGCAGUUGCUGCUGCAGCUGCUUCAGCAGAGCUAGACCUGCUGCUGCCAGCAGACCAAGAUGGGAUAGAGUCAGAAGCAAAACUGAAGGGCCCCGAUGUGGGCCCCGUGCCUCCCGCUGCUGCUGCUGCUGAGCCAGCACUAGCCCCAGCAGCAGCAGGAACAGAGGCAGCAGCAGCAGCAGCAACAUGGGGAGCAGCAACAGCAGCAGCGCCUGCAGCAGAGCGCCCUGCUGCAGCAGCAGCAGCACCUGCAGCAGCAAUUGCUGCUGCACCAUACGCCGGCAGCCGCAUCUACUCCCUCCCUACACUUUCUGCUGAUCCAUCAGCCCCUCGGCCAGCCCCCCCAAGCAGCAGCAGCAGCAGCAGCAGCAGCAGCAGCAGCAGCAGCAGCAGCAACUUGCUGUUUCUGCGUGCAGGCUGGCUGCAGCGGCAAACCAGACACACCAAAAGAUUUGCCCCGCGCUUCUUUGUGCUGCGGGGUUCAAUUUUAUAUUCUUUCAAGCGGCUGCCAUUUCUGCGCUGCUGCCCCCUCAGCAGCAGCAGCAGCAGCAGCAGCAGCAGCAGCAGCAGCAGCAACAUAGUGACGGACGCAGCACUUGCUUCCUGGAUCGACUUUGCUGCUGCUACCUGCUGCUGGCAGCUGCGCGGCAGCCGCGUAGAGAAGUUUGUUUAUGAUAAAGCAGCAGCAACUUUCAGGUGGUCGCUUGUGGCCCCCAAUUUGCUGCUGCUGCAGCGCAUGCAGCAGCAGCAGCAGCAGACAAGGCUGCAGCAGCAGCACAGCACCUUGAAAGGGCUCAAGGGGCAGCGCAGCCUCAAGCAGAAGUACCAGCAGCAGCAGCAGCAGCAGCAGCGGCAGCAGCAGCAGCGCGUCAGCAGCUUGGCCGUCUCCCCCUCCGUCUCGCUGUCCGAGGCAGCAGCAGCAACAGCAGCAGCAGGAGGCUCAGACACGAGCGAUGACCAGGACGGUUCUGUGGAGCCAGCAGCAGCAGCAGCAGAGGCAGCAGCAGCAGCAGCUGCUGCUGCAGCAGCAGAAGCAGCAGCUGAGACCGCCGCAGCAGCGGAGAGCGCCGCUGCGGCGGCGGCCGCGGCAGCAGCAGCAGCAGCAGCAGAGCAGGAGACUGCAGCAGCCCUGGCUGCAUGCACGGAAGAAGUGGUGUUUGCUGCUGCAGCAGCAGCAACAGCUUACGACUGGAUGCAGCUGAUGGACUGCUGCUGCUACCUGGGCAGCCCCGCUGAGGUGUACGUACACCGCAACUCCUACUUUGUCUUUCCCUCUAAUCUUCUUGAGGGUCUUCCCGCUUGGCUGUUUGCUGCAGGCUGGCUCUCUCUUGCUGCUGCCCGCCGGCAGCGCGAGCAGCAAGAAGCAGCAGCAGCAGCAGCAGCAGCUGCAGCUGCUGCUGCUGCUGCUGCGCUUCCUGCUGCGGCCGCGGAGAGCCAGCAGCAGCAGCAGCAGCAGCUGCAGCCGGCGCUAGGGGACCCGCAAGCUUUGCUGCCUGCUCCUGCGUGGCGUGCCCCUGCACCUCUAGCAGCAGCAGCAGCAGCAGCAACAGCAGCAGCAGCAGCAGCAGCAGCAGCAGCGACGGGCGAGAGAACUUUUGUGUCGCUGCGCCUUCUCGCGCUGCACGAUUUGCUGCUGCCUGAAGGCUACGGGCUUUACUGCUUCCUAGAGUUUCAGUCUUCUGUGUCUUUCUUUGGGGUAUACGGGGCCCCCCCUGCAGCAGCAGCAGCAGCAGCAGCAGCGAGCUGCCGCCAGCAGCGGCCGCAGCAGCAGCAGCAGCAGCAGCAGCCCGGGCUCGUCUCUUCUCCUUCUCUCUUCUAUAAGUGGUUUGGAAGAGCCACGGGAGCCCCAGCUGUUUCCUUCCGCCGCAGUUUGCUGCUGCUGCUGCCGAGCUGCUGCAUCAACCUUCCUGUGUUGCACCCCAGGCCGCAGGAAGAUUUGCUGCUGCACUUUGUUGCUGCCCCGCUGGAGCAGCAGCAGCAGCAGCAGAAGGGCUCUAGAGUAUACGAACCCAGCAGCAGCAGCAGCAGCAGCGGCAGCCCCGCGAUGGCUACAGUAAAUGCGCCGGUCCUUUCUGCUGCGGCUGCUGCUGCUGCUGCUGCUGCUGCACCAGGAGACCUACUCGCCGCAAACGAAGCUGCUGCAGCAGCAGCGCAGACGACGCUGGACGCGGCCGCGACAGCAGCAGCAGCAACAGCAGCAGCAGCAGCAGCAGCAGCAGCAGCAGCAAGUGGGGUAAGCAUGGGCCAAACCUGCCUGCGGAUUGGAGCUGGGCAGGACUAUUACAUUUGCAGCUUCCGGCUGCAGCAGCAGCAGCUCGGCUGCGGCUCUCCGCGGCUGCUGCAGCUGAGGGGCUUUUCGCUUUCUACAGCGAAGCAUCCGCUGCUAGAGAAGUGCAAGAACAUUCCCUCUGCUGCUGCUGCUGCUGCUGCUGCUGCUGCAAGUGCUGCUGCGCCGGCAGCGAAGAGGAACGGCGCCGUUUCUCCGGGUGCAGCAGCAGCGGCAGCAAAGCAGCUGGCGGUGGAGCAGCAGCAGCAGCAGCAGCAGCAGCAGAGCGAGCUGCAGCAGCAGCAGCAGCGGGACGACCUGGCGUGCGCUGAGGAGGCGGUGUGCGUGCACGAAGAAACGGCAGCAGCAACAGCAGCGGCGGCGGCAGCAGCAGCAGCAACCCCCGCAGCAGCAGCAGCAGCAGCGAGCUGCAGCAGCACGCUGCUGCUGGAAGCAGCAGUCGAAGGCGCCAGCUGGCUGCAGCUGCUGCAGCACAGACCUGAUGCUUUCGACACCCCACAACCUUUUAAUGAAUUAUCUCUUAGCCCUGGAGAAGGAGCAGCAGCAGCAGCUGGGGCUUUGACUCCAGUGCAUUUGCUGGGGCAGCAGCUAAAGCGCAUGCAGCGGCUGCAGCGGCGGUUUGCUGCAGCAGCAAGGCAGCUGGGCUGUGUCUUUGACUUCAGCAGCCCGGGGCUUUCUCUUGCUGCCUUUUGUUACCUCAUGGCUGUCGUCAGCAGCAGCGCGUCUGUUGCGCUGCUGCUGCUGCUGCUGCUGCUGCUCGGCCUCCUGCUGCUGCUGCACCCCAGAGCCGCGCAGAAGGCUCUCGCUGCAGCAGCAAGACUGCCCCUCCUGCUGCUGCUGCUGCCGCGAGAAGGGCUCACGCUGCUGCUCUUCAAAUGCCCCGCAGAGAAAGCUGCUGCUGCUGAUGUUGCGAGGCAGACGGCUUUGGCUGCUGCUGCUGCUGCUGCUGCUGCUGCUACCGGCGGGCAGGCAGCAGCAGUAGCAGAGGCAGCAAAACAAACUGCAGAGACAAUCGCCUCAAAGGAUCCGUGUCCUUCUGCUGCUGCAAGUGCUGCUGCUGUUGCUGCAGUCUUGCUCAUGCUGCACCGCCACCAGCACUUGCUGCUGCUGCAGCGCCCCGCAGCAGCAGCAGCAGCAAAUGCGAAGGUGAAUGCAAGCAGCAGCAACGACGCGGCGCUGCCUCUGGAGAAUGCUGGAGGAAACCCGCGGCUGCGACAGCAGCAGCAGCAGCAGCAAGAGGACCAGGAUGUACAGCAGCAGCACGAGAAUGAGGUGGAGCAGCAGAAGCUGCUGCAGCCUGUUUGGUGCUGCUGCUGCGGAAUCAACUGCCUUGCUGGGGGGCCGAUGAGAAUACUGUCGCCUUUGCUGCGGUCGCUGCAGCAGCGGAAGCAGCAGCAGCAGCAGCAACGCUGCAGCAGCAGCAGCCCCCUGAGCCGCUUCUUCUGGGGCUUUAUCUUGCACUCUGCGUUGCUGCUGCACCGCGUGCAGCUGCUGCUGCUGCUGUCAGCAGCAGGAGGCAGCCCUGGACCUCUAACUGUGCAGCUGCUGUCGGCCGCAGCCAAGCGCUGCAGCUGCCACAGUGUCUUACUACAGCAGCAGCAGCAGCGGCGGCAGCAGAGCCAGCAGCUGCUGCUGCAGCAAAAGGGGCAGCGAGAGACACAAGGGGAGCAAAUGCAGCGGCAGCAACAGCAACAGCUGCAGCGCCAGCUUUGCUUGCCGCUGCUGCCCACUGUCCGGAUGGAGCAGCAGCAGUUUACCUCAGAAGCAGCAGCAGGUGAUGCAGCAGCAGCAGCAGCAGCAGCAGCAGACAGUGACGAAAACAGCAGCGCCUUUCCCGUGUCUCUUAUAGAGGCCCAGUGCCGCGGGCCCAAAGGGGAGUUCAAGGGCAGCUGCUUCUUCCAGGUAGCUGCAGACAGCCCGCGAGAGGGGCAGCAGCAGCAGCAGCAGCAGCAGCAGCAGCAGCCGCAGACUGAAGCAGCAGCAGCUGCUGCUGGGUUUGCUGUUGUUGUCUCAAAAGAGACAGAUGAAUGCGGAUGGGCUUAUGGCGAAAGUCUUACAGGCCCAUGGGUAGCAAAAGAGACCGCAAGGACAGAUGUUCGCAGGCGCACAUGGAUGCCCCCACGGAGAGUCGCUCGUGGCUUUACCUUUAACGGCAGAAUGCAGCAGCAGCAGCAGAAACAGCAGCAGCAGCAGCAGCAGCAGCAAGAGCGUGCCCCGCAGCAGCUGCAGCAAGAUCUCCCACAAGGAGUCCCUGCACGCCUCGGAGGCUUGCCGCUUUCAUCGAUUGAAGGUCUGAAGCAGCAGCAGCAGCAGCAACAACAGCAGCAGCAGCAGGUCAGGCGCAAGAGCUUUUCAGGUGCCUCCUCAGAUGGAGAAACUCCCCGCAGCAGCGGCGGCAGCAGCAGCAGCCGCAGCAGCAGCAACAGCAGGUCUAAAAAAACGGUUUUUGCUGAGGCAGCAAAAGUCGCUUCUUCCUGGCUAGAAAAGAAGUUGCGCUCACGCGGUCGCGGACCUAGCAGGUGGGCUAAUGCAAAGCAGCAGCAGCAGCAGCAGCAGCAGCAGCAGCAGCAGCGAGGGGAGCAGCUGCUGCCGCAGCAGCAGCAAGGGGAGCAGCUGCCGCUGCAGCAGCAGCAGCAGGGACCAGGCAUGUGGGGCCUUCCUGCUUGCGUUGAAGACAAUUAUUUCUCGGCAGAAAGCACAGAGGCGCAGGGAGCUGCUGCUGUUGCUGCUGCUGCUGCUGCUGCAGACGAUGCAGCCGCAACACCCCGGUUGAUGGACGCAGCUAACGAGGGCAGCAGCUGCGAACUGAAGCAGCAGCAGCCUGCUGCUGCAGCAGUUGGUUCUUCUGCUGCUGAGUCUGCGGAAUCUAAUGACAGAAGUCACGACGCAGCAGGACCGGAAGCAGCAGCACCGACUGCUGCUGCUGCUGCAGCGUUGGACGCUGCAGCUGCAGCAGCAAAGCCCAGCGGAGCAGCAACGGAUGUAACAGAAAAUGAGGCAUCCUCUCUGGCAACUGACAAGGAAAAAGCAGCAGCAGCAGCAGAACAAGAAGCAACGGCAGCAGCAGCACCAGCAGCAGCGGCCAGCACUGCUGCAGGCGACACAACGCGGUCCUCAACAGCAGCAGAACACGCGGCAGCAGCAGCAAACAUAAGUGCAGCAGCAAACGAAGACCAGGACCAGCAGCCCAUUGGCAGCGGCGGACUUAGUCUCGCUGCUGAAUCGAAAGCAGCAACAGCAGCAGCAGCAGCAGCAGCAGCAGGUGGGGAAGAAGCAGCCGCACAGCUAGCUGCAGCAGGAGCCACGGCCAUUGCAGCCGUGGCGGGGGCAGUAGCUGCAACAGAGGCUGCAGCAGCUGCUGCAGCAGCGCAGGCAGCUGCUGCUGAUACAGUCAGCAGCAGCAAAAGCGAGUUUGCUUCAACACAACUUCCUGCAGCAGCAGCAGAAGGCCCCUCACCCGCAUCCGCAGAGGAUGGGCUGUUGGCCUCUCGUGCUGCUACUGCACCCGCAGGAGCAGCAGCAGCAACAGCAGCAGCAGCAGCUGCUGCUGCUGCUGCUACUUCAGACGGCGCCAGCGGCGGUGGGCUGCGAGGGUUUUGGUUCGAGCUGCUGGGGGUCCCCGAAGUAAAGCAGUCUUUCUCAGUGGACUCAUUCUCAGAGCAGCAGCAGCAGCAGCAGCAGCAACAACAACAAACCCAAAAGCAGCAGCAGCUGCAACAGGGACACCAGCAGCAGCAGCAACAGCAGCAGCUACUGCAGCAAGCGCCGCAACAAGAGCCGCCAUCGCGGCGGCGACCGUCCUUGGCAGCCCCCCGAUAUGAGAGACUCAAGCUGCAGCAGCAGCGACGUCGGCAGCAGCAGCAGCAGCAGCAACAGCAGCAACAAGUGCAUCCUCUGAUGGAGGUCGGGCCAGCCGCUGCUGCGUUGCUGGUGCUGCAGCAGGAGCAGCAGCAACUGAGUCUUCAGCAGCAGCAGCAGCAUGAAACUGAGCGGGAAAUAUGCCGCCUGCACCGCGCGGAAGAGGCUCUGUGGCUGCAGCAGCAGCAGCAGCAGCAGCAGCAGCAGCGGUGGCCGUGGCGGCGCUUGCUGCACCUGCGCAUGCAGCCGCAGCUGCCUGUGGGGGCCCUUCCUCCUCCUGUUCCUUUUUGCGCUACUUGUGGGGCCCCCAUGUGUCAAAGUGCCAUUCGCGAGGCAGCAGCAGCAGCAGCAAUGGCAGCAGCAGCAGCAGCAGCAGAAGGCCCGUCAGAGGGCGCGGCGCUUCUGCACGAGUCUCCCUGCAGCAGUCUAGACGCUGCUGCUGAAGCGACAGCAGCAGCAGCAGCAGCAGCAAGGGCCCCCACCAGCUCCCUGCUGGGGGGCCUCUUUGUCUUCGACGCCUUCUACACUGGCCUCAAAAGGGGCAUUUGGAAGCGACACGCAGCUGCUGCGCUGCGGCGCCACUUGGCAGCAGCUCUUGCUGCAGUGGCUGGGGGCCCCACGACCUUUUGGUGUUUCAAGCAGCAGCAGCAGCAGCAGCUGCUGCUGCAGCAGCAGCAGCUGCCGGCGGCUUCCCCGCAGGCCGCCGCUGCGGCUGCUGCUGCCGCUGCUGCUGCUGCUGCGCAGCCGCAGCGGCUGUGGAAGCUGCUGCAGCAGGAGCUGCAGCAGCGCACUGGGGUCUUCGUGCCGCUGGCUCUUUUCGAAGCAAAUUGCUGCGAAGAAACUCUUGUGGAAAACAUAAGACGCAUAAGUCCUUUUGCGCUGCCGCUUGCUGAGCCCCACCCCUGGUGGCUGCUGGGGCUGCUGCAGCACUCCCCCACAGACGUCACCCACGACGCAGCAGAGCAGGCGCUGCUGUGA